UAGCCGAUGGCGGUGGUUCCCAGCUGUUCAUCAAUCCCAACUUUCCUCACAAAGUUGAAAACAUGAAUUCCAAACGUCUGUCCGAAGCCCAAAAUUUAAAGCAUGUCUGUGCUUGUUCCAGACUUUCUUUAACCCGUUUGCAGAACUAAACUGAUAUUAACUUUUGUGAUGUCAACAUUGACAGGUGGAAGAAGUCUGGUGCUCAGUCUGUGUCCACUCGUGGCGAGGCAUUGUAUUACAUCAUUUUCACCCAGCGAUCGUUUCUGCCUGGGCGUGACUCACUCCUCCAAGAGACAUUUAUUCUUUCAACCCAGCGUCAAAACAAAAGCUAAAUGUUCCUGUAAAGACACACUCUCAGUCAGCCGGUGAUGAAUUGACAAACAGGUUUGACUUGAGUCUUUGUGUGUGAAUCAAGGAGGUAAAUGUCUAUUUUUGUGUAGUUAAUUUAAUCCAUGGGGCGGUUCCCCAAACAGUCUGUUGAAUAUCCAACUUGAAACUAACUCACUUUGGUCCACUUCCUGUAUAAAUAAAGUGUAACUUCUGGCUUUAAUUGUUUGUUUCUUUUGCCAAAGAUCGAUACACUAUAGUAAUCGCAAUUGUUUUUCAAGCCUGCAUCAAAACGAAACAGAAACUUUAUUUACUCUAGGAACAAACAGGUCCGACUUGAAAGUCCAUGUUGGAAUCAAGGAGGGGAAAGUCUAUCUGCGUGUUGCUGCUUUUGAACUUUUAAUCCUGGAGACGCUUCACCAAACAGUCGGUGUGGUUGGAGUCCAAUCUGUUGAAUAUCCAACUUGAAAGUAACUUCACUUCGGUCCACAAAGCAACUUCACACAGGUCCCCUCCUGCACCUCUUUGAAGGAUGGCUCAUGGCGGGAUGGUCCUGGACAAAGACCAGUUCAACUGUGGGGUGUGUCUGGAUGUCCUGAAGGAGCCAGUGACCAUUCCAUGCGGCCACAGUUACUGCUCGGACUGCAUCAGCAGCUACUGGGACGAUGAUAGCAACGUGAAGUGCCCUCAAUGUCGGCAGACUUUCAACCCGCGGCCGGUGCUUGUCCGAAGCAUCUUACUGGACGACAUGGUGGGAAGAUUUAAGCAGGCCGUGGCGGGUCGAACUCUGGCGGAGGAGGACGACGUGGAGUGCGACCUUUGCCCGGAGAGGAAGUACAAGGCAGACAAGUCGUGCGUGCAGUGUUUGGCCUCGUUUUGCGGCCUGCAUAUUCAACCGCACUACCAGUCAAACGAGUUUAAGACACACACGCUAAUUACGGCCUCCAAGAGGGUCCAGGAGUGCGUGUGUGGUCAACACAACAGCCUGCUGGAGUUCUACUGCCGCACGGACAAGCAGUGCAUCUGCCCGCUGUGUGUCAUCGACCAACACAAAGGCCAUGACGUCGUGAUGGCGGAGGUGGAAAGACAAGAGCAACAGAAUCAGCUUGGUAAGAUGAAGCACGACUGUCAGGAGAACAUCCAGCAGGCACAGAAAAGAAUUGAGAAGGUCAAAGCAAGCCUCUCCUCUGUCAAAGACUAUGACUGGCAGAUGACGAAGAUGAGUGAGGAACUCAAAAAUAUAAUGAUCAGCUCCUUGGAGUUGUUUGAGAUGAUCCACAAGGCGAAGCCGCUGGUGGUCCGUCGGGUCGAGCAGUCGCUGGAGAAGACAGACAUUGUGAUCAAGGAGCAGCAGAUGAUGUGUGUCCAGUUUGACAAGUUGGCAGAAACCGUGAACCACGUGGACUUUCUCAAGAAACUUCCGUCCCUGAAAGCCUCGUCUACGUCCUCACCUCUGCCAGACUUCAACUUGAUCCUUUUCGAUGAUAUUCACGUCUACAAGGAGUGGAUGUUGGAAUACUACAAGAAAGGAUUGAAUGACAUUUAUGAAAAAGCGCAAGACUUCGUCUCACGUUUUCCCCUCGCCCCGUCGGCCCAGGCAGAAGCAGCGCCCCCGGCCCGUGUCACACCUCCCGUUCAAGGGGAAGCUGCAGGAGAGGACUUGCUGCCGGAGCCGGAGGUGACACAGAGUACUCCUCCAGAGUCCAGUUAGUGUUGAGUACAAGGAAGCACCUUCUUCCGAUGGAUGGAAAACAAAGAGUCAUCAAAACAAAGACUUCCAGUCGGCUCAUGGACCCACCACCUAGGCCUCCCUCCGCCCUCCCGUGACGAUGGACUUUUUUGUUUUUUGUUUUUCUGGGAUGUCUGGAAUCCGUCCCUUAAAGGGGGGGUGGGGGGGUUCUGUCAUGAUCCGUUACCCGGAUUAUGUCAUGUUUAGUUUGAGAUUCUCUUAGUUGUUUAGUUCUUUUCAGCACCCCUGUUUUUGUGUUCCUUGUUGCCAUGGAUGCUGAUUAUUUACCCCUGCCUCUGAUUAGUGGUCAGAACGCUCACCUGCGUCCGGUCACUAAUCAGAGAGAUAUGUAUUCCUGCCUCACGUCAUACUCUGUCUGGCAGUUUUGUUUGCUACACCCAACAGGUUAUUCUUGCUUCUAGUUCCCGUAUUGGCUAGUCCUGGUCUAAGCUUUUCUCUAGCUUCCCGUUCCUAUUUUUGUAUUCUUGCCUUGUUAUGGUAAUAAAUCAUCUUUCUUACCUGCGGAUCGUCAAUGAUUGUUGAGAAGAAUCA